AUGGAAGACGGAGUUCAUUACGUUGGAAACAUCAAACACAUUGAUUCUUUCUUCUUAUCACUGGCUGAUGCGGGAAUGUACUACCUCCCUUUUUUAAGUUACAAGUUCAAGUACCACGGAUGUCAGAUAUGUUUGGAAGAGUUUAGGCACCUUUCGUUUGUGUGUCAAUUGAAUUGUCAGCACGUCUUUCAUUACCAUUGUUUGGGAACGUGGAUGAAGGAGAAAAAGAAAUGCAGAAGAGAUGUGAACAAAUGUCCGAUUUGCUUAGAAAUUUUUAAAGAGAUCUUUUUUGUGCCAAACCAGAUGCGAUCACGUCUUUCAUGCGCCAAUAUUUGGUUCAAGAUCAAAUAUAAAUGUCCAUGUUGUGGAGGAGACAUAGCCCACCUUAUGAAGUCAAAUUACUGCCAUCAAUCAAGCUUCGCUCAAAAUGGAACUGUGGAAUUGAAGAUUGAACUGGAAACCAAUUAUGAUAUUGCACAAACGGAAUGA